GCUCCGCAUGGAGUCAAAGCAGAAUACAGAGUGAAGGCCGUAGAGCUUAAUGUGCAGGGAGAGGAGAGGAGGGGAGGUAACACGGGGAGGUGCGGCCUCGCACUCAAUCACCUCCUCCAAAAAGGUAUCGCAGUGGCUGCCCCCAGCUCGCUUUCAUUUGUCGGUAUCCAAGCAACAGCGCCAGCGCACACACAGGGAUGCCGCUCAUCCGCCUCAUCACAGAACUGCGCAGAAGGAGAGACACGGGCGCUGCUCUCCAUGGGGGACCGAGCGGGCACCGAGCGUGACAUGUUUGUGGGUGCGGGACUGGGAGGAGAGAAAGCACAGCCCUGGCACAUACAAUGAGGCGCCGGAGUAAUAACUCUGCUCGAGUACAAACAGUACAAUGGGAGAUUGGCUGGAGCCUGAGGCGCCACGAGCAGGAUUAGGGGGAGGCUUCAGGGAUCAGCUCACCGGAGAACUGAGUGAUUCGUGCUGCUGCUGCUGCUGCUCGACAUGUUCUCUUGGCCGGCAAAGUUGCUCCCGAUCUGCUCGCGUUGGCCGGCGCCUUCCACUUGCUCCAGUCUUCCCGGAGCUGGAGUAACUUACAGAGAAUUGUGAGGUCAGCAUGAUUGCCACAGGAGGUCUUUUAAGGAUCUCUGCUCGAAAACAAGACCCUCUCAGACAAAAAACUCAAGCUCCAAAACGGAAUCGGAAAGCAAAAAAUAAACGCAAGAGCGAUGUGGUUGUAGUGAAAGGCAAACUUAAGCUUUGCUCUGUCUCUGGAUUAAUUGCUCUUUGUGGAAUUUUAGUUCUUCUAGUUGGGAUUGCUAUGGCUGUUAUGGGUUACUGGCCAAAAAGUAACUCUGUUUAUAAUGGAGGUAUAGGGUCAAAUCAAGCCAAAUAUGCUUCAGAUGAUACAGAUAAUAUUGCAAACAAAAAUCAGUCCCAAAGCCAUCAAAGCAGUAAUGGAUACAAUAAGGACACAUUUAAAGCAAGUGACCAUAACAUUACCAGAAGUCUACAGCAACAUAAUUCACCUGGUUUCUUUGCUGGCCUGUUUUCUGGAUAUUUACAUUCAGAUAAUCUUAAAGUGUUUGGUCCUCUAAUAAUGGGUAUUGGAAUAUUUCUUUUUAUAUGUGCAAAUGCUGUUCUUCAUGAAAACAGAGACAAGAAAACUAAGGUCAUCAAUUUAAGAGACCUCUAUUCUACAGUGAUUGAUGUUCAUGGGUUAAAAUGCAAAGAUGGAACACCUUUGAAUGGUUUUGUGAACUAUGUUCAGUCUCGGAGCAUAGACAUCAAAAGUGGGGAAACCUUUGGGGCUGCCAUGCUAGCUAAGAGUUCCUGGAACUCUGCUCUUGGAGGUUCCAUUACUUUCUCACCUCCAGAUCUAAGAGAAACAAGGACAUCAUCCCCUAAGGCAUGUCGUCAGACACUGGAGCCACCAAAUUUGGAUGAUGCAGUAUAUAGUAUUUACAGAGAGCGCUCAGCAUCUGCUUUGCCAUUUGACAGAGUUUCAGGUAGAGAAGGGGCAAAGGAUCCCGUCUCAUUAUCACCAGAGAAAGGAUGGAGUAGGAGCAGCACUUGCUCAAUUGUUGGUUCUUCCCUUAGUGCAUUUACACUGCCUGUUGUCAAAAUAGAUAGAUGCCUUAUGGAAAAGAAAGGUGAUGAAUCAUUAGAGAAUAAAUGUGACAAAGACUUAGGUAAAGAGGAAAUUCAGUUGAGUUUGACCAACCUUAGCCAUGCAGACUUGAACUGCGACAUCCCCAAGAACAAUAAGAAAUUACUGUUGAGACGGCAGAGCACAAGCUGUCUACCUGACUUCAGAAGACCUAUGUCACCUGGGCUUCUGUCAGAUUUGGGUAGCCAGUCUCUAAGUAGCACAGACCUAGACUGCAGCUUUCUGGUAAAAGCUUCUCCAUGUGGCAAAACAAAACCAGUGGUUCUUAAUGAUUCUCUCCCCAUGGCAUCAUUAAUGAGAAGAAAUUCUCAGAGUUCAGAAUCAGACCAAUCCAGCAAUAAGGGCUAUUUUCACCUUGAGGAGGCAGGAACCUCCUUUGAGUCUAUAGAAACUGCAAACAAUAAAACUCAAGACUGUGAAACAAUCCAAAAGGACACAGGUACAAAUGAUUCCUUGGAAGAGACCAGAAAUGCUUCAGAGGCAGUAUACCUAUAAUACAAAACUGUUGAUGGUCUCCAGAUCUCAUGUUAACUUGAAAAUGAUUUAGAUGUUACACGCAUAUAAGGCAAAAGGGAAAUGAGUGCAGUAAAUUAUUCAGUCUUUCACCUUAUGUUCUUAUUUUCAAAUUGCCAAUAUCCAAAGGUCUACACAGGUUGAACAACCGGCAUGGUAUUGGUAUGUAACAAAGAAAGAGUCACUUUAGCAACUUAUUUUUGAUGUAUGUAUAUGUCUAACCAAACAAUAAAAACCAAGCUGAUAGUUAACACAGGUCCUAACAUUUCAAAAUGGUAUGAUAGAUUAUUUUGACAAUACUGUGUACUUUUAUUCUGAGCUUCGGUAAAUUUUCUCUGCUGAUGGCAUGUCAGUAAUUGCUUUGUUAUGGCUCUUUGGUUUAGCUUUCCAAACAUGAAGUCAGCAAGACUGCCUUGCAACUAUAUAAACUGAAUGAGAAUUCUUUUAAAACGAUUAGAAACUACUGUAAAACCAUGUAUUUGAGUGUUAUGGACAUUAGUGAAAUAGCAUUAAUAAAUAAAGGUUUUGCAAGAAAG